UGCGCGUUUGUAUGCGUGUGUAUGAAUCGCGAGCGCUCUUUGGGAUGUGAGCAACAAGGUUACUUUGGGAUCGCCCAUUGUCUGGGGAUGAGUAUGUUGAGGGGCCCAAGCCAUGACGAAACUAUUGCUGCAAUGGGCAGCAAUGGUAAAACACAGUUCUCCUCUAGUCUGUGGGUUCCUAGAGCAUCCUGGGGACCCCUCUGCAGUAGUUGUCAAGGCAGCUGAGUCAUGGAGUGCAUGGCCGGAGGCUCAGGCCUUGGAGGCGCCCUCCCCAAGGUUCGCAGCAGCUCACCCGGUGACUUGGGCUACCACACGCUGCUUCCCGCACCUGGAUGGCCAACCACGAGCAGUGUCCACCACCAGCGACAAUCGGCAAAGGGCUGCCUCUUUGACCGACUGCCCGACGACCUGCUGCUUCGUGUUCUCGCCUGCCUUUCGAGCGACGAACUGUGUCGGUGCGCACGCGUCUGUCGUCGGUGGUAUUUCCUAGCCUGGGAGCCUCGCUUGUGGACCAGCAUCGUGUUGGCAUCUGAACACCUGCCUGUUGACCAGGGGUUGCGCACCAUUUUCCGGUUGCUGAGCCGUGACACCCCUGGUGUGUGCUCUGCUGUGGAGCGCAUUAGCCUGAGUGGCUGCCUGUGCCUGACUGACAGUGGCCUCAGUGCGGUGGCUCGGAGAUGUCCCCAGCUACGGACGCUGGAAGUGCGCGGAUGUUCCCAAGUCACAGAUGUAGGUGUUUCAGAAGUGGUCACACGCUGCCUCAACUUGUCACGCCUCGAUGUCACUGGCUGUUACCAGGUGACGAGCAUACGUCCGAGGCAUGGGACCAGCUUGGAAGUGAACGAAUCUCUGGGUAGCUUGACUCCAUCGGGCGGAGGGCAACUGUACCUGCAGUAUGUCGACCUCACGGACUGUCAAGCCCUCGAGGACUCUGGGCUGAAAGCCCUCGCCAGAGCAUGCCCGCAACUCACACAUCUCUUCUUGCGGCGCUGUGUGCGACUCACUGAUGCUGCAUUGAAGUGCGUGGCCAGCUACUGUGUUGUGCUGAGAGAGCUUAGCGUCAGUGACUGCGUCCAGGUGACCGACUUCGGCUUGUACGAGCUUGCCAAGCUGGGCCCACACUUGCGUUACCUCAGCGUAGCCAAGUGCGAGAGGGUGUCCGACGCUGGACUGAAGCAGGUGUGCCGACACUGCUAUCGGUUGCGCUACCUCAAUGCCCGAGGCUGUGAGGCAGUCUCGGAUGCGACUCUGGAAGUGCUGGCUCGCUCGUGUCCGAGGCUUCGGGCACUUGACGUUGGCAAAUGCGAGGUCGGAGACCGGGGCCUGGCAUUCCUUGCCCGCCACUGCCUGAACUUGCGCAAGCUGAGCCUCAAGUCAUGUGAUCUAGUUACGGAUCGAGGACUGCAAGCUCUGGCCUACUUCUGCAGGGGCCUGCAGCAGCUUAGUCUGCAGGACUGUGCGGGGGUGACUGUGGAUGGCUACCGCAUUGUGCGGAAGUACUGCCGCCGCUGCAUCAUCGAGCACACCAACCCAGGCUUCCACUGAAACAGAAUUUCUCAGCCUAGUAUGCAAGAAUGGACAGAAAGAGAGGAGUCGUGUGUAGUUCAACAUCUGUGCUCAUGGCUAUCAGUUUUCUUACACUUGUCUCGUGUUGGGUUCCAAAAUCUUCAGAAAUGCUGUUGUAGUGACGCCGUCACUCUGAACAUUUGGAACUGCUAAUCGACCAGGUUAAUUCCAGUGAACAAGUCAUGACAAUUCACCAACUAAGUGAAAACUAGCAGUAUCACGAAGCAAAAAAGCAAGAGCUACAGUUAAACUAAAGAAAUCUUACACUUGAAGAUGGUUUAACCACUCAGACGCGGGUUUCUGACUGAAGGUGUUCAUCCUACGAAAAUCAACAAAAAUUGAGUUUUGAAAGAUCGUUUGUGACUGUAGAGUAAUUUAUUAGUUUUUCUUUGUUGGCUGGAAUGUGGUCUGCCAUUCGAUGCACAUGUUGGGGCUCAUGGGGAGCCUCUUUUCGUGAAAAUUCUCAAUGCUCUUGACCAACCACUAUCACUGAUUUGGGCCUCUACAAUUCUCUGACUUCUUGUGAAAAUUCUGUCUUAAAACCUAACGCCGCAUGGGGCAUUUAAUGCACAUGAAAUUGUAGUGCCAGCGCUUUGGACACUGUGUUGUUGCUGCGUGCAGUACACAAAGCUGACCUCAACGGGAAGUGCCUGGUCUCAUGUCACUGUGGUUACUACUGAGCAAUUAAGUCAUCUGGACAAAAAAGACAGCGAUGUAGGGUUCGAAGCAGCUUAUGAUAUCAAAAACACUAAUACUGGUUAUUGUUCAGGUUCUGGCAAAAGAGGCACUGUAACACUUAGCAAAAAAAAAAAAGUGCCAUUUGUUCACAAUUCUGCCGGUAACAUAACAAGCUAAGUACGCUGACCGAUUUUUCGGACUCCGAAAAUUCCGACUUGUUAGAUGUUUCGGGCUUCAAAAGUGCACCGUCAGGGUUUCUAUAGGGUUAAUGCAUUUUUUCGACCAAUUUUUCAGAUGAAUUCACCCCCGAAAGUUGGAUUUUUCGGAAUAAAUCGCUUGUGUGGAGCUGCGCCACGAACCCGUAUGGACGCCGUCAUGUUGGAUUUUCCACCGGCUUGACUAAGCUUAGUGGCUUAAUUUUAAAAUGGCUUUUCUGCCCCCAAGAUUGGAAAGAGAACGUCAUAUUUUAAAUCUCGGAGGCCGUGUCUGCUUUAGAAAACCCGGAACGGGACUAUUUUUUCGUCUUCAGUCAGCCAUAGUGGUCACUGUCGUCAUCACGCGGCACAAGGAGGAGGCGCAGCUGCGCAGUGGUGAAGUUAAUGUGCCUGCCAGAAUGACAUUAGGGAGCUUUAGAAUAGUGCACCGCGAGCCCUUGCGGUGCGGUCGCUGCCACUGCGCUUGCGUCGUAACGCGAGUCGCCGUUCGCGGCCCGCCCGCAGAAAAUCCGAAAUAGCGUGCAGCAAUUGCGGCUCCCGAAGUGUCUGUAGCUUUUGUGUAUUUGAGUUUGCGGUCGAGGCGAAAGUCUCUGAACUUUUCCUUAGGGUGAGCUAACGCUACUCUAAAACUCAUAAUGCAUCCACUAUACCUGCAACGCCCGCAGUGCCUGCAAACGUUAUUCUAAAACUCCCUAUAAAGACUUCGCUCGUGUGGACGAUGACAAUCUCGUGCGCGGAGCCCACAGACGAAGAAAUUCUUCGCCAGGUUGUGCCGCAGCCGGAGAGCGGUUCGGAUGAUGACGACGAUGACCGCCCGCAGCUGUCAGCAGUGGAGAUCACCUCUGCAGUGACGCUUUUGUCGAGCAUUUACGGUGACGAUGUCACCUUGGCGCAAAUACGGGCAAACCAAAUUGCUUCCAAGCGUAGUAUGAGGCAAGGCAGAAUCAUGUACUUUUUAAGCCUGCCUGAUGCAAUAAUGUUCAUAUUUCUGACAAAAACAACAUUUUUGGACUGUUCGAUUUUUCGAACUUUUUUUGGGUCCUCGCCAGGUACGAAAAAUCGGUCGGUGACUGUAUUAUCUAGCUCUUACCUGUAGAUAUGGAGACCCUCUCUUUCGUGCCUGUCAAUCAUGAUAUCGUCAGCCAGACUACGCCCACUGCAGGGUAAAGACCUCUCUCAUAUUCCUCUGAUCAGCCCGGUGCUGUGCUAGUUGUGGCCUUACUAGCUCCAUAAACUUCUCUGUCCUAUCUUUCCACCCAACUUCCUGCCUCUCCUCACACGCUUGCCUUUUUUUCUUUAAUCUAGUCUGUUACUCUCAAUGAUCUUGACCUCUCACUACACUAAAACUUGGAUAUAUAUAACAAAAUAUAAGUUAUAACAAAGUAUGUAAAUGAGGAAAAGUUCUGAUAGUGUUUGGAAUAUGCCCUAUAACGAAUUUCCAGGUAUAAUAAACUUAUUUUUGUGUAAGACGCAACUUUGUUCUAAUGAGGUUUGAGCGUACAUGCCCUGCCCCUACCCCACUUUUUCUUCUAAAUGAUAUCAUUGAUUUGCGCAAUUACUUGAGAGGCACAGUUGUUCAAAAGCAAACACUUGUUCAUGCAACCUUAAGCUUCUCUCUACAAACUGAAGAACAGGUGUGUCCUAGCCAUCCUGCACCACUUGUGUGUCGCCCUCACGCGUAUUGAUCAGGCUCUUUUCGGAGUGUUUUCACCUACAAAGCACGAAACGAAGAUGAGAUCAAUGGGCACAUGCAUCGCCAUUGGUUCGCUAUGGCCGAAAAACUUCAAAAUAAUAUAGAAUAGAUGACACAAGGACUGUUCUUUUUGUAUGCCUCCUCCUCUUAGGGUUGCUUUCCUGCAUUGCAAGUGCAUUCAUCCUGAGUUCCAUAUCGAACAAGCAAGAAGUCUUGAUCUGCAGCUGCAAAGGUUUCUUUCUUUGUCCAUCGUUUUGGUGCAGUGGUUACAGAGCUUGGCUGCUGACCCAAAAGUGGCGGGUUCGCUUUCGGCCGUGGCUGUCACAUUUUGAUGGAGGUGAAAUGCUGGAGGCCUGUGCAUUAUGCGAUUUCAGUGCGUGGUAAAGAGCGCCAAAUCGUUGAAAUUUUUGGAGCUCUUCACUACAGUUUCUCUCAUAAUCAUGGUGUGGUUUUUGCACAUGAAACCCGACAUUUUAUUGUCAUCAUUUUCUCUCUCUGGGAAAACUGUGCAGGUUAGCUUUGUAGCUUCAAACCAGCCAUGGUCGGUUAGCUGCCUUGGCAUUGCGCUGCUGAGCACAACAUCGUAGGUCUGCUUCCCAACCAUGGUGAUUGCGUUUCGAUCAAGCUUGUAUGUAAAACACUCGUAUACUCGGUUCACUUGGCAUAAAAAAAAAUAGUACCUGAAGUGCUGAUGUUGUUAAUUGACAUGCAGAUUGUGUUAUGCUGGCUCAAGAGCAAGGAGACGAUGCUGGGAACAAAGUGUCUUCCACGUUGAAAGAGUGGGCUUGUGUGCAGAUGAAGCUAUGUUCAGUCAUUUGUUUCACCAUAUGUGAGCCAACAUGUAAGAUAAUAGAAGGAACACACUCGGUUCUAUUUUUGUACAGUUGUACCCGCAUGACUUGUACAGAAGGAUUACUUGCAAUAGCAGCCACAUUUUUGCUGCUGGCUUGUAGAAAUAUACUGCUGUGCUCGAGUGUACAUUGCACGUGUAAAUUAUAUACCCCGGUUUCUAAGGCACGGCAAACGCUGAAAAGUGGGAUUCUAAAGUCUGCCUCACGUUUUGUCAUUCACACUAAUUUCGUCUAUGUAUUCAUUGCCACGUGGCCAAAUGCUGUUUUAAUUUAUAUGGCGCCACCUUGAGCUCGGUGUAUAUCCACUGUGUCCGAAGAACGCUGGGCAGAAUUUCGCUCCGUUAUAUUGUGUGCCUUUGUCAACGUCGGGGGAAAGUUGUCAAUCUGUAAAUCUCGUUAUAUUCUUUAUACAAUGUUCAUAUGGGCUGACAUGUGUAAAAUGUGUGCUUUAACCAAACGGGAAGACAUGAAAUGAGGUGCUCAGAUUUACUCAUCUUUCUAUCUCUCUUUUAUUCUUCACUCACUUUGUGAUUCUUCAUGGAAACUGAGUGCUAAAUCUCGUUACAUUCUUUAUACGAUGUUCAUAUGGACUGACAUGUGUAAAUGUGUGCUUUAACCAAACGGGAGGACAUGAAAUGAGGUGCUCAGAUUUACUCUUUUAUUUCUCACUCACUUUGUGAUUCUUCAUGGAAACUGAGUGCAAUAAGUGUGCCUUGUAAAAGGCUGAGUUGCCAUGAAUGAAUGUACCUGGUUAAGUGAUUAGGCAAUCGACUAACCAGUAUGGUUUCUUCUAUAGCGUUUUGGAAAGUGUCGCAAUGAAUAGGGCUUUUAUUCUUGUAUAUUUAGGCUGCAGUUGAAUCUUGACUUGGUAAAGGCAGUGACACGCGUAAACAAAGUCGCGGGAGCUCUACUGGCACAAGCAGUUUACAACUGCAAACCCUCACUCUGGGUUUCCUGUGCACUAAAUAAUUGCUUUCUUCAAUAUAGUCAUAUUAAUUGAUGUCAUCAUUGUAGCUAAAAGCGAGUAUACAGUAGACUUCCUUUAAGACAAACUCCAAGGGACCAGGAUCAUUUGUUCGUCUUAUUCACAACCAGGGGUGAUCCAGCCACUGAUUGUUAGGGAGGGGGGGGGUCACCUGAAUUAACGUCGGAGAGGAGCGCAUAGUCAUGACUUUCUUGUUUUCACUAACAGAAAAACUCCUACAUAGCAUAAAUACUGUUAAUGCAAAUGUGUGCUCACAGUGGUUUCACUCAUUUCUAACAACUGGUAAUAUAAGGUGAACUACGAGCACCAAAGUAAGGUGCUGACAGACAAUCUUUUUUCCCGUUUUCACUUUUAUUUGGAUUCUUUUUUUUUUUUUGCCCCUCCACUUCCUUGCAUUUUCCCCUCUAGCCAAGCUCUUGUGUUAUUCUGUUCUCUACUGUACUCCUGUUGGGGGAACUGAAGAACAUGAGGAGAAUACAAAAAGGUGAAAACUU